GUUGUAGUUAAGCUGUUUAGGACUUAUAAGCUUGCUCUUUAAUCUAUUUGCAGUUGCAACAAUGGCUAAACUCCUACCAGCCCAGGAGGCCGCCAAAAUUUAUCAUACCAAUUAUGUGCGGAACGCAAGGGCGAUUGGCGUGCUGUGGAUCAUAUUCACCAUCUGCUUUGCCAUCAUCUCCAUGGUGGUCUUCAUCCAGCCUUAUUGGAUUGGUGACAGUGUGGAUACUCCUCAGUCGGGCUACUUCGGACUCUUUCACUACUGCAUCGGCAAUCCCAUCACUGGAGAGCUGGUCUGCAAAGGAAGUGCCCUGGACUUUGGCUCCAUUCCCUCUGGAGCAUUCAAGACCGCCAUGUUUUUUGUAGGCAUCUCCUUCCUUUUGAUUGUAGGCACCAUCGGCUGCUUCAGUUUAUUCUUCUUCUGCAACGCCGGCAGCGUCUAUAAGAUCUGUGCGUGGAUGCAGCUCGCAUCGUCCACCUGUAUGGUCGUAGGCUGUAUGAUCUACCCAGAUGGCUGGGACUCUGAGGAGGUCAAGCGGAUGUGUGGCCAGCGCACAGAUAAAUACACCCUGGGUAACUGUACAGUGCGCUGGGCCUACAUCCUGGCCAUCAUCAGCAUCAUGGACUCGCUCAUCCUGUCCUUCCUGGCCUUUGUACUGGGCAACCGGCAGGACAAACUGCUGCCAGAAGACUUCCAGGUGCAGGAGAAGAAAGAAGAAGCAUGAAGCCUCUGAUCAAGCGCUGAACUCUUCUGGGACUACAUUGCUCAUUUUCUCUCUUCAGAUCCUCAUCUACUACUAUUGUCUGUGGAAUCUGAAAAAUACUUCCUUGAAACACGCUUUACAAGCCAAGUAUUUGUAUUUCAUAAUCUGUGAAUUCAAGUACUCAUAUCUGGAUUAUGUUUAACACUUAAACAUGUGGAAUCUUGUUCAAUAAUAACCUGCAAACACAAUAAAUACUAACAUCAUUCUCAGUGCUAUGCAGCUUCAGCUACAUUCAUCCAGCCAUGGCUAAGUAGCAUCCAGACAGUUUUUGUACAAUCUACACACAAUGUUUGGCUUGGUACUUAUAAAUAUGAACAAAAAUGUGUUAUAAGCACAUGAAGGAAAAAAAACUAAAUUGAUAAAGGAAAAAGUAUUCAUCACAAAUGGAUAACACUAGUACUUUGUUGCACUGUUGACUGCAGCUUUGAGACAUAUAUGGAAAGAAUAAAUUGAUUUUGCAGCAAUGUGGUUCAAUUUUUGAUUUAAAAUUUCAAAAUCCUCCAGAAAUUUUCCAAUGGGAGUCAAGUCAGGAUAUUGGCUAAACUGUGCAA